AUGCAGCUUCCGCGUUCGUUAUACAUCAACACUUCCCACUACGCGUCUUCCUCAUGUCUCUUACACGCAAAAGAGUAUGUCGAACCACACAUUGUUGGAAACACGGAUUCCGCUACUAACACUCAGUCUCUUGCUGAGACGCUGGCGCCGCCAAAGAAGCCCUUGCAUCGGUAUGACACGAUCGCCAAAUUGUUCAAUGUUAACGCGGAUCAACUGCAUCUUUUGAUUCCCCGCAAGCCUGCGGGAGUUGUGGUGGGCCGCAGUAGUAGCUGUGAUAUUAGACUUGGUGGAGCUGAUGUCCUGUCGCGGCAUUGUCAGUUUUCACUCUCGUCGAAUGACACGCGAGAGUAUCUUAUGCUCACAGACAUGAGUUCAAACGGCACUUUUGUCAAUGACGAGGUGCUUGGCCGCGGAAACACCGUCGUCCUUCGAAGCGGCGACAAAGUUGCAUUCGCUCGUAGCGGAACAUACGUUUUCCGCUAUCUUGCUGACGAUACCGCAGUAACUUCCAGACGGCUGUUUUUCGCAGACUAUAUUUUACUGCAUCAGCUUGGCACGGGACAUUAUGCUGUAGUGCGUGAGGCAAGAGACCGUACACUGGGAGACGUGGUUGCGGUCAAGAUUUUCCAUCCGAACAAGAAUGGGACUGCGGCAGCAGAAGAGGAGACCAAGCUUCGACAGGAAAUGGAAUUGCUUCUUCUGAUAAACCAUCCGAACAUCGUACGGUUCAUCUCGCAUUACGUAGAACCUACAGGCAACAAUGCAUCCACAACAUAUUUGGUGUUGGAAAAAGUCAACAGUGGUGAGUUGUUCCAGCGCAUUGUCAGCAAGCUGAAACUUGCUGAGGACGAAACACGUGCAUUGUAUAAACAGCUCCUUGCUGGACUCGGAUAUUUGCAUGGACGUAACAUUAUUCACAGGGACAUCAAGCCAGAAAAUAUUUUACUAGAUAUCACCCCACGGAGACCCGGUGUUCUUCCAACCGGACCUUGGGACUCUACCGAACACGACGUGCGAGUCAAGAUCGCGGAUUUUGGCCUUGCUAAGUUCAUUGGGGAGCGAAAAUUUACCAACACUCUUUGCGGCACGCCGGCUUAUGUUGCACCGGAAGUCUUAGCCAAUGGGGGACAUUAUCUGACCAAAGUCGAUGUCUGGCUGGCUGGUGUUUUGUUGUAUGUGUGUUUGUGCGGCUUUCCGCCCUUCAGUGACGAUUUGGCACCACCGUCAAUGCGUGACCAAAUUCUUACAGGCAAAUAUGCCUUCUACUCCCCUUACUGGGAUACCAUCAGUGACCUGGCCUUGGAUUUGAUUUCAAAAAUGCUUGUCGUAGAUCCAUCACGGCGAUUGGACGUUCAAAGUGUCUCCGAACAUCCUUGGGUGGAAGAGGCGGAAAUGCAUGGUCUGCGUCACAGUUCGGUUAUUGCACCAACUCAACCAAUGACUCUUCAACAAAGGUUCACGUCGGAACUUAACGCAGAACAGAUGCCAUAA